AUGUUCUGUGAGAAAGUCCGUGACGCAUGGAAGAACUCCGAGUUUUGGGAUUUCAUCAAACCAAUUCAGCGGCUUUCGUUGGAGGAUAUGUGUGGGGCGAUUUGGGACAGCAUGGGUGAGGAGGGAGUUGAGAAGUGGUUGUUCAAGCUUUGGGCGUCGUGGAAGUGCUUGCGCGAGUUCAAGCAUAGCACUGAUGGCGUCUCUUUUGUUAGGGAUAUCCAAAGGAGCGAUGCCAUGUUGAAGGUCUUCAAAGAUGCUCGGCACUCUUUGACUAUUAAACAACGGAUUUUGCCUAACGAAGGUGCUAAGGACUGGUACGCGCCGCCUCCGGGCAGCUUCCGGCUUGAUGUGGAUGUAUCUUUUCGUGAGGAUGGACAGAAAGUGGGUGCGGGUUUCAUUGUCAGAGACUCCUCAGGUAUAAUCACUCUUGCCGGUGCCCGACCGAUUGGAUUCACGCCUACGGUUUUACUUGGGGAACUCCACGCUAUGAUGAUUGCUAUUGGCUUUUGCCUUGAACAAGAUAUUGGUCCAGUCUUUCUUUUCUCCGACUCCCUUCUUGCUAUCCAUGUGCUUCAGGAUGAGAGGGGAGGGUCUGAUUCUCUCUGUGAUGAUUUGUGGGAGGUCUUUGAGCAUGCGCGCAAGUACGUGGUGUUGGAGUUUUGUCAUGCUCGAAGAAGUGCAAAUAGAGCGGCUCAUGCUUUAGCUGCUUCUGCUGUGGUUUCUCAGGGUGAGCAAACGUGGACGUCAAACUUUCCUGUUUGGCUUCUUGAUAUUGUAAACUCUGAUUUGGUUUGA